UUCCACUAUUAAUGCGUUCAAUAUAAUAAAAACACGUUGCUUACCAACAAGUAUGCGUUCGAACGCGUUCACAAUUUUGCGAAACGCGUCUGAACGCGUUAAUUUGUUCUUAGAACGCGUUGUUAGUCGAUAAAAUACGUUCAAUUUUUUCGAAAACGCGUUCUUUCACGUUCAUUAUGAGGAAUAUUUUUCCAUGGGUCAUCUAAACAAUUCAACAAAUAAGCUUAUUUAGAUUUGAAGAUUAAACUAUUUUUAGGUGGAGAAAAAAUAACUACUGUAUAUCUUCAUUUCAAAAAAAUCAUACGUAUCAUACAUUUUGUUGUUAUCUAUUUAACUUUAAUAAUGUCUAAAGCUAAACGUGUACGCGAAGCAUCGCCAGAAAUUGCUGAAAGUAGUGAUGAAUCUGAGUUUAAAGAGCAAAAUAAUAAUAAAAUAAAGAUAUUAUCAAUUGUAAAUGAGAAACUGGAUUCAUUAUUAACAAAAUUUGAUAAAAUGGAAACUUCAAUUAAUACUCUCAAGAAAACUGUUGAUAUAUUAGUAAAUAAACAAACAACAAUUGAUAUAACAGUAUGUGAAUUACAGAAGGAUAAUGUUGAUAAAUCAUCCAGUAUUAUCAACACAGAAAAUUGUAGCACAAAAAUUUUAGAAUUAAUUGAACAAAGAGCGUUAUCCUUUGAAAGUGCAAUUCAACAUGCAUCAGAUCAAAUCAAAGAAAAAGUUGUUGGUUCGGUUCCUUUUGGUACAGAUACAACGCAUAGCACAAUCACAGAUAAUUUUACACUAACAUUAUUACAACAAACAAAUAGCACAAUUGCAUCGGUAUCAGAACCAGCAACACCAACUGAAAUCAUAUCGUCUGGCAAUGACUUAUUAUACUCACAUUAUGAUUCUGAACCUUCUCCGAGCGUUACACCGAAACGGGCAUGUGGUAUGAGUGUAGAUAGUGAUGAAUCAUUUAUAUCAACUCCAACUAGUGUGAAUCGUGUAUGGAAAAGACAAAAAGCUGAUAGUCUGAAUUCAACCAGUAUGUCUACGAAUUUAUUUUCAUCAACUACAUCGUCAAAUGUAAAUGGAUGUCAGAUACUUCUUACUGAUCCAAUUACCCAAACAACGUUUCAAGUUAUGAAAGAUAACCAUGAUAGACAACAAGCAGCAACUAAUCAAGAAUUAUUAAACAAAGAAACAGGAUUCCGCCAUAUUUUGGCCUAUCUUUAUUCAACAUUAUUUACAGAAGGAGAAUUAAAAGUUUCAUCUGUUGAUGCCUCUGUCCGUGGCACAAAAGUAUUUGAUCUUGUAAGAGUAGCUGCCAUUGAUAAACACUUAUUUGACUUAUAUGGAGCAAGAUAUGCAAAAUUUCGUACAAGUAAUCAAUAUAAAGAAAUUCUCAAUAAGAAAUGUAGUCGAAUAAGAACAAAAUUCAAUAAAAAUAUUAAUAAUAAUUAG